UUGAGUUUGUUCACUGAAAAUAAUAAUAAUUGUUCCCAAACUGACUGAUUCGAAUGUGUUCCAGGCAGGGAGUCGUGGGGUUUGAACGACUCCCUGGUUCAAAGUCUUAGCUUACUUUCGAGCGUGGAGGCUUGUAUCUGCUUCCAACCAUGGCUUGCUUUGGCUGCGGCUGUUUCAAGCGUUGCAGACCGCGGUACAAACGCCAUGUCGACAGUAUAUUUCCUCCCAAUCCUGAUGAUGGUAUCGUAUCGUCCAAUAUGGAGAAAUUGACGUUUUAUGCCCUCUCAGCGCCUGAGAAAUUGGAUAGAAUUGGCACGUAUUUGGCUCAAAGGCUGAGUCGCGAUAUUCAGCGCCACAGAGCUGGCUAUGUGUUCAUCGCAAUGAAAGCGCUGGAUGAGCUCCUCAAAGCGUGCCAUGCCCCGAGUCUGAACUUGUUCGUUGAGAGCUUUCUUACUAUGGUUCAGCUUCUGCUGGAGAGUUCACAGCCAGACUUUCAGCAGCUUGCUACCAGAUCUUUCAUGACAUUUGCCAACAUUGAGGAGGACACUCCAUCCUAUCAUCGGCGAUAUGACUUCUUCAUUUCCAAGUUCAGCGCAAUGUGCUUCCAUCAUGGUACUGACGAACGCUUGAAGAGCAUGCAACGUCUGUCUGGCCUGCAUGGCUUACAAGGUGUCAUCCGCAAGACAGUAUCAGAUGAUUUGCAGAAAAACAUCUGGGAAUCCACACACAUGGGAAAGAUUGUGCCGGCGUUGUUGAUCAAUAUGCAGGCUGGAAGUGCGGGCACUUCCAACGUGCCAGCAACUGGCAUAUCGCUAGAUGAAGAUGAGAGCCACCCUAGCAAGCUAGCUGAGCUGUGUUUGCGGGACCUCGUCGGCCGAGCUGGCUUUGGACACUUGAAGAGUGUGCUGCGGCCGCUAUUCAGAUUUUUGGAUGAGUACCAGGCGUGGAUGCCGAAUGACUUUGCAAAGUUCACUAUGCACACCGUUAUGUUCUCCGUACAGUCACAGUACACAUAUAUGGUUGUACUGAUGUUGCUGGAGCAUCUGGACACUAUUGACAUCUCUGGUGAACAGUCACUGCAGACUCGUACCAGUGUUGUCCAGGUGCUGGGUGCAACCAUUGCUCUUGCUGAUGGCAGUUCUUUAGGUCCUUCUCAUUUGGAUGUCUUCAAUACUUUGUUGCGACAGCUGCGUCUGUCCAUUGACAAAGCAGGAAACGACUCGCAAGCAUCCGAGACAGGACAGUUGCAGGAGUCAAUCACUGUCGCCGUUGGUAAAUUUGCUAAAGUGUUGCCUGGCUAUGCUCAAUCUGAUGUGAUGAAGUUCAUAGUAGGAAAGUUGCCACCGCCCGGGUCAGCAGAGGGUGAUGUCGAUGGAGUGGAGGCCAACAUUGCCAUAUCACGGGCUACCAGUGUGGAUGGCUUCAAUCUCUACAGAGAAAUGCUUGUCAAAUGUAUAGCUGAGCUAGCGGAUGCUUACAAGCCCAGCAAGCUUUCGACUGCACUUGCACCGAGUUUCUUUGAGCCGCUUCUCAAGCAUUGUUUAGUGGCAAGAAAAGAGGUACGUCUGAGUGUGUUAAGAAUACUGCACAAAGUCAUCGACAUCAGUGGCAAUGUGGAGCACCUUCCAAAGGCAUUGUCCUGUAACUCACUGGCCACUAUCAAGCAAGGCCACCUCAGCACUGUCAAGGAUAUGGAUGUCUUACGUGAAGACGAGCUGUACUUCAAGAGGCAUGGUGCGGCUCUAUUGCAGCAGCUGUAUGCUCAUGCAACUCUACCGGACAAUGAUGUGGAUGUGUACAUGGCAGUGUAUGAGACGCUCACUCUGCUCUGCAUUGAACUGGGUCCGAAGAGCAGCCUAGUGGACAUCACCAGGAUGGUGUUGGCGUUGCAGGACUUUGCAGUGGACUCGCGAACGACAGACUUGGGGCCAAAGCGGAUCUCAUCGUUACAUUCUGUGGUGGCUUUGUUCAUGCACUUUGGUGUCUUGUCGAGUGAGAACAGUGUCUUCAGAGACUGUGUGGAUAAGGUUGUGUCAGUGCGCAACAAGGAAGCACCGCACCUCUUGCCAGACACUUGCUUUUCACCGACGUAUACUUGGGAGAAUGUCACAAAUCCCACUUCUACUAGCCACCUGCUCUUCCAGCGGGACCAGGUCAGUGCAGCGCUGGCUGCGGAUAUGGCUGCAAGUCGCUACACACGGCGUGACUCUGGCCUAGUGCCGGAUACAGGACCACAGAAACAAUCUGCAUCUGAUGCCACCUCUAUAGUUAACCUUCCAACAUCGAAGGUCGAUGCACAGAGCAGCGAACAUGUGUCCUUCACGUCCAUUAUGAAGUCAAUGGAGACUACUCCUGAGAAACCCGCUCUGCUGCCAACUAGCUUCGAGGAGCUUACAGAAGAAGCUCUUCGCAGGAAUGCUGAUGCACAGAUGAAAUUCCAGGAGUUAGUCGAGCGUCUUGCUCAGAACGCUGUGUCUCAAACCCUUACGGCUGCGAGCACGUUAGCGCUGCCAGCUGGUCUGUCAGCGCAGCAGAGAGAGGCGGCCGCUGCUGCUCCCUGGAAGUUCAGCUCAUCUCACGAAGACCUCACCGUUUUCUAAGCAUGUACCAUCAUCAUCAUCGCCAAGCCCAAGUAUUGGCCAAGUCCAUAGUUCCUCAUCGCAAGCUGCAGGCUCAACCUUUCUCUUUGCUGUACAACACAACACUUUUUAUCAUCAGUCUUUUAAACUGUUAGUACGUUUGGUAAUUUGUCCAUGCACUGGCAGCUGCUCACUGUUGUCAUCACACUAUUUAUAGUAGAAAUACUCCUUGUCGAUCCCCUUCCCCCCCCCCCCCCAAAUUCCCCCUGCCAAUCGAUGUGCCUGUCUGUUUGUCGGUGUCUGUUUAGCACGGUCCUUUUUCGUUCUGCACAACGAUGGCUAUUACAGUAGGCCAGCAGCAGCAGCAGCAGCAGCAGCAGCAGCAGCAGCAGCAGCAGCACAGACGGUCAUGUAGAUAUGUAGAUAUUGUAGUUACUACAUGUACUACCUGCUGCAGCUGCAGCUGCUGCUGCUGUGUUCAUCAUCUAUAGGCUGUCUAUACUGCAGUGUUUGUUAGCAUUGGUGUGAUAUGGCAAAGUUAGCAUAAUGACCAUGAAACCAUCAGAUCACACACGAAUAGUAUUGCCCAAGUCCUUACUCCAUUGACGACGACGUCCGUUACGAAUAUUGAACCGGAAAUGAGAAAUUUUAACUCCACUAAUCCUCCAUAAUUCAUUGUCAAUAAUUUUUUUUACAUUUUCAUUCAAUAGUGUUUUCAUCCAGCCUGGUAUGCUGUAUUAUAAUAUGACAAGCAGAAUAAAGCAAGUUGAUAUCCAAA